AGUUUGCAGUAUGGUUGGAAGUGUUCUGCUGAGGUGAGAGCUCAAUUGAACGAGGUUGCUGUGGGUGGAUCUGCAAAUGCUGCGGCCACCACACCUGUUAAAUCAGAGAUUUCAUCUGCAGCCAAGGAUGUCAAGAACUCAGUUGAGUCUCCACCUCCCACUUUGGCCUCAGAAGAAUCAUUAUCUGAGUUUUUUACUCAAGUAGCCAGUCUUGUCAAGUUAGUUGAUUCUAAGGAUAUUGUGGAACUGCAGUUAAAGCAACUUGACAGUGAAGUUUUAAUACGUAAAAAGGAGGCUUUUCCUCCUCCACCUUCUGCUCCUGUAACAAUGGUGAAUUCACAUGCUCAACCUGCGAAACUGCCUCCAGUCCUGGCACCUUCUCCAUUGCUGACUCACACACCAUCUGCUGCACCAACCCCAGCACCUUCUCCCAAAACUCAAACAUCUGAGUCAUCUCUUCCACCACUUAAAUGCCCCAUGGCGGGUACAUUUUACCGAAGUCCAGGACCUGGUGAACCACCAUUUGUGAAGGUUGGAGACAAAGUACAGAGGGGGCAGGUUCUGUGCAUCAUUGAGGCAAUGAAGUUGAUGAAUGAAAUAGAGGCAAGUACAUUAUCUUUUCUAUCUGCUGCUGUUUCCAGAUACUGCCAAUGUGGCUUUAGUUGCUUUACUAUUUCUUGUUUAAUUAGGCCAAUAAUUUUUUUAAUAAUUUAAUGGUAUGUUUAAUUAUUAGGCCAAUAAAGUUAAUUACUUGUUGCUUACUCAAGCGUUAGUUCUGCUUAAUGCUUAGGCUGUGAAAUUUUAUAUUGCUAUUUUACGCACUAUAUCAAUGAUAUCUUCAAUUCAUGCGCUCCACAGUCCAGUCUGAUCUCUGAAAUAACACGUCCAAUUUCACUGUCUGACAACUGUUU